AUGAGGGUAGUUGCCGAGUACGACAUAAAGCUGUCGACGGAAACCGAGCCCGCGUCUCUGUAUAGACUCCCAAGCACUGAAAGAAACCUCCGAAUCGGUGCAGUGCGUUAUAAGCCCCAGUUCAAAUACUUGGAGAUGGAAAUGAAGCUUCCAAGGAUGAGACAGAAGGCCCAGAAGAUGGAGGGCAAAAAGCCUAAUGUCAUUACUUAUGAGAGCUAUGGGCUAAGGCUAUCGAACACUCAGUGGUACGGGAAGGUAAACCAUUCCAAGAAGAUAGUUAUUUUGAGGCAGAUUGAGUGUGUGUAUUUAUUUAGCCCGAAGUUCGGAAGCCUCGAGGGAGAGAAGGGCGACAGAGAGAUUGAAGGGUACCAAUUCAGGAGGGCGGAAACACGCGAAGAAAAGGAGCAUAGAAGAAAGAACAUCAACUUUCAGAUCAAGAAGAUGAAUCUUGAAGGCUUUAGCACAAUGGAGUACAAAAGAAGAGAAAUGUCGGAGGAUUUCGAUGAUGCACCAAGGAUCCCUGUGGCCGAGGACGAGACGAGGAAUAUUGCUCAAAUAAGAAACUCGAUAGUCAACGCAAAGGUCGUCAAUUUUUCUGAGCUUACACUACUUUAUAGAGACCAGAAUGCAAUCAAGGCUGCCUUGUCCAGAUACACGAUCUUUGUCCAAGGAAGAUAUGUUCUUUCAAACACGUUCUAUGAAAGAGAUUUGCAUAUGAUCCGAGACAAGGUGCUAGAGCUAUUCAGGGAAAAGGAGAGGGUUCUGUGCAAAGAUGUAUAUGCAUUGGUGGGGGAUGAAGAGUUUCUUAUUGAGGAGAUCUGCAAAAAGGAUGGGAAGUACUUCCAGCUGAAGGGCUUCAACGAGCACACAAACAGAUGCGGCAAUGAAGACAUGGGGCGAGAAAUAGCUUUUCUGGUUGAAAAGCACCAACCCUGUUCGAUAGAGACCAUCCACAAGGAGAUGCUAGUAGAUCCAAGUGUCAUAAAGAGGAACCUGCCUGGAGAUGUGGCGGUUUUAGCCAAUGGGAUGCUUGCCACUUGCAAAGGAGAUGAAAGAAGAAAGAAGAUAGUGGAGAUGCUUGUCACUAAGAAGAGUUGGAAAAAGGCAGAAGUACUAAAAGUUGCACAGAACGAGCCCGGGAGGAUUGAGGACUUUUUUGAGAUGCUCUGCGAGUAUUGUGAAUUGAAAGGAAAUGUGUGGACCAUUAAAGAAUGA